AUGUCCAGGUACCUGAAGCAUUUCACCUCUGUUGGUGACAUCCAUAAUGAUAACCAAUGGAAAGAAGACGAGGAAAAGCAGCAGGAACCAGAAGAAAAAACCGAACAGACACCUCAUCCAUUUACGUCCUCCUACACUUUCCGGGAUGCCCUAAAAUGGCUUUUUAGUUGCCACAAGUUUCAGAUAGUCAUUGUGUGCCUCGUCAUUCUGGAUGCCUUAUUUGUGCUAAUUGAAGUCCUUCUCGACUUGGAACUGUUAGCGGAUAAAGUUGAUCAUAUUAUACCAGAGAUCUUUCACUACUUGAGCAUUUCUGUCUUGUCCUUCUUCUUGUUGGAAAUUGCGGGUAAACUGUACGCUUUUCGGCUUGAGUUCUUCCACCAUAAGUUUGAAGUUUUUGAUGCAGUCAUUGUUAUUAUAUCGUUUAUCAUUGAUGUCGUCUACAUAACCCGGGAAGAUGUAUUCAGUGCAGUUGGGCUACUCAUUUUACUCCGGUUGUGGAGGGUGGCCAGAAUUGUGAAUGGUGUCAUUUUAUCUGUGAAAAGUCGAGCAGAAGAGAAGAUCCACAAGUUAAAGGAAAAGCAGGAGACUCUAUUGGCCAGAGUAUCCGAGUUGGAACAACAGUGUUCCCAGCAGGAGCAAGAAAUUGGAAGACUUCAGAAAUUACUGCAGCAAAAUAACAUUUUUCCUGAACCCUAUGAAGCCAAUGUACCCUGA